UCGAACCCUAAACUCUCACUCUUCCCCCAUUUCUCUGUCCGUACAGUCCACUCGGACAACACACCCAAUGGCUGUAGACGCGCUCCACCUUCGGAAGACCUCACUCUCCCUCGCUGUCGAACCGCCAUCACCACCGCCACGUCAGCCUCCGGCUCAGCCCAAGCACUCGGCUCACGUUAGAGGCGGCGGAGCCAAGGAGGCGCAUUUUAGAGGCGUGCGCAAAAGGCCGUGGGGCCGAUUCGCCGCUGAGAUUCGCGAUCCGUGGAAGAAGACUCGGAAAUGGCUCGGCACCUUCGACACCGCCGAGGAGGCGGCUCUUGCGUACGACGAAGCCGCGCGUAGCCUCCGCGGUCCGAAAGCCAAGACUAACUUCGGAGCUCCGGCUUCAGCUUUGCCUCACACGCUUUUGAUCGGCGGUGGAUCCGAGAUUUUCUGGACUCCGCCGCCGAUGUACUUCAUGGGCGGAGCUCCGUCGGGGGCUCCGGUGAGGUCGGAGUACAAGGGGUACAAGCUGGAGAAUGUGGACCUAGUGGUGAGCGAGCAGGAGAAGAAGAUGAGGAAAGAGAAGAAACCGUUCUUGUUCGAUCUGAAUCUGCCGGCGCCGCUGUUCUGACCCGCCGUGAGCCUCCGAAGGUAGUUUGGCUUUGUUUUAUUGGUGAAGCUUUUGGCUCCAUUCCAUUUUUGCCCUUUGCAGUUACUCCUUAUUUCCACAUCACAUGUGUACAUUUUUGUAAAAUAUCGGAAAAGAAAAAAAAAAGGCGGUUAAGGGCGGGCAAA